CCUACUCCCGACUCGGCAACUCGCCAUGGCCGCCGCCGCCAGGUCGCUAUUACGCUCCUCCGCCUCCGCUAUCCGAGCUGCUCCGGCGAGAUCGUCUUCCCUCGGGGUAGGUGCGCGUCCUUCCGUCCGUCGCGCGUUGGCUGCGCCCCCUCGCCUCCUCAGGUUGCCCGUGGAGGCGAGCUUCUGCCUGGAGUCCCUGCUGCCGCUGCACAGCGCCACCGCCGCCGCGAGGAUCAAGUCCAAGCUCGCCGUCGUGCCCGGCCAAGGCAUCGGCUGGAUCAUUGAAGAUAAUUGAUACCGCAGACAAUUUAUCUCUUGUUCAAAUGUCUAGCUAAUUGACGUAUUGU